AUGGCUCUUUUUGGGUUUCUUUUUCUCUCCUUUGUCUCAUCUGUUCAUGGAUAUUAUGGAGGUUGGAUUAAUGCUCAUGCCACUUUCUAUGGAGGUGGCGAUGCUUCAGGGACAAUGGGUGGGGCUUGUGGUUAUGGAAACCUGUACAGCCAGGGUUAUGGAACUAACACAGCAGCACUGAGCACUGCAUUGUUCGAAAAUGGUUUGAGCUGUGGGGCUUGCUUUGAGAUCAGAUGCGUGAAUGAUCCACAGUGGUGCCUGCCUGGCGUUAUUGUAGUCACUGCCACUAACGUUUGCCCUCCUGGAGGCUGGUGUGAUCCUCCCAACCAGCAUUUUGAUCUCUCUCAACCUGUCUUCCAACACAUUGCGCAAUACAGAGCUGGAAUCGUCCCAGUAAGUUACAGAAGGGUAAGAUGCAGGAGGAGUGGAGGCAUUAGGUUCACCAUCAAUGGUCAUUCAUACUUCAAUUUAGUCCUGAUCACCAAUGUUGGGGGUGCUGGUGAUGUGCAUUCAGUGGCCAUCAAAGGUUCAAGAACUAAAUGGCAAGCAAUGUCAAGAAACUGGGGCCAAAAUUGGCAGAGUAACUCUUACCUUAAUGGACAAAGUCUCUCUUUUGUAGUUACGACAAGUGAUGGUCGCAGUGUGGUUUCUUACAACGUCGCCCCUGCUGGUUGGUCCUUUGGGCAGACAUACAGUGGAGGGCAGUUUAGGCACUAG